AUGGGCAAAGAGCGGCGAAGCCGCCUCGAGCGUGGUUUCCACCCGCGUAUAGGUCGGACGGGUGGCCCCUGGGGAGCUGGGCUCUACAGGACUGUGGGCUUCUCCACUCACGGCAGUGCGAGGGUACGAGCCUCCUCCGACAGCUGGGCUUACAGGCGUUUCCCGGAGGAGAACGAACCCUCCUCCCUCACACGUCCGCCCUCCCUCACCCCGUGUCCACCCCUCAUCCCUCACUCUCUUCUCGCGCCCGGGAGGGUCGAGCAAGUGCACCCCGUUCUAGGCUCCCCUGGCUGGGUCUCGGACCCCAUUCGGACAUCGUUUCGGACCCAUGUCCGGGAUCGUGAAGCGCUUUGUGCCGCUGAUGGACCGCCUCCUGGUCCAGAAGUUGAAGGCGUGCCGCCAUGUGUAGAAGAGGGGGGCAUCCUGCUCCCCGACUCGGCGGCCAAGCCGCCCAACUGGGGCAAGGUCCUGGCGGUGGGCCCCGGCCGCCUGUCCAAGGAGGGGGACCUGCUUCCGAUGAACGUGAAGGUCGGCGACACCGUCGUGGUGCCCGAGUACGGCGGCAUCACGCUCAAGCUGGACGACGAGGAGUACCACGUCUUCAGGGAUGAGGACAUCAUGGGGGUCAUCCAGGAGUGA